AUGCAGGCAGCUGCGAAACAAGGCACUUCUUCUACUCCUCCAAGGAACAGCGGCAAUUGCAAUGUUAGUUCGUCUCCUUCAGCUUCCGGCCCGACGAAGAAGCAGAGGAUCAGCAUCAGGGGCGGGUUGAUAAGCCGCAAGGAAGCUCCAAUUCAAGCCGCUCUAAGCAUCGACGAGUUGAAGCUCAAACAGGCCGAGGAGUCGCUGAGGACCGUCAUGUACCUCAGCUGCUGGGGCCCCAACUCAUGA